UUUAUCUGUUUUAUGGCAGAUAACAUGUAAACUUUAUCCUGAAAACUUGAAACUUCCAUGCAUUUCUAUGCAGUUUCCAUGCUGUCAGCCUAAUGAGGGCUCGUGUAGCAUUGAUGGGGCGUGCAAAGACUGCACUACGUGUUUUCACCAGUCAGAUUUGUAUGAAGGCCGUCCAUCUACAGCACAGUUUAAAGAGAAGCUUCCAUGGUUUCUCAAGGCAUCUCCAUCAGCUAAUUGUGCUAAGGGUGGCAGUGGAACAUACUCAUCCAGCAUUGAUCUUACUGGUUUUGACAGUGGAAUGAUCCGGGCAUCAUCAUUUCGAACAUAUCAUAAACCCCUUAGUGGACAAGUAAUUUUCUGAUGGACUAUGUGAAUGCAAUGAAAGCUGCACGAGAUUUCAGUUCGAGGAUCUCUGAUUCAUUGAAGGUAUUAUGACUUAUGCCUAUCCAUAGCUAAAAGAAAGAAAAAAAUAAGGAGGUGAAUAUUCUCAAUUAUAAUGGUAGAAAUCUAUUACUUUUCAAAGAUGGCGUUUUCCUACAAUAAUACUAGCCUAUCAAGCUAGAGCAUAUAUAUCAAUGAGUUUCAAGUUAUUGUAAAUUUUGGAAAAACAAGGAGAUCCCAAAGUUUCGGUAAAGAUAUCAGUAAAUUAUUCUUCACUAAAGAUGUAAUAAGUGAUAAUUUUCUUUGACAAAAUUGCAGCUAUGAUGAAAUUAUAGUCUAUUUCAAUGUAUUAUUUCU